UUCAUCUUCAGUUUCACAAUCCUCGUCUUUACUGAUUUCCUCUGCAACUCCUCCCUCCCUUUUUCUCAUGGAUAUAAUUACCGUCCUUUUUCAUCUUGUAUUGCUGCUAAGUCUUCCUACUGUUUCGAUAGCCCUCAUCAAACGUAGCAUCCAAACAGAUCAAUCAGCACUGUUUGCCUUAAAAUCCCAGCUGUUCGAUUCUUCGAAUUUACUGAGGAAAAAUUGGACUGCAAAUGUAUCAGUGUGCCACUGGAUUGGAGUGACAUGCUCCUCUCGCCACCAUAGAGUUGUCUCCUUGAAUCUCUCUUAUUUAGGCCUUCAAGGUAGCAUCCCUCCAGAGAUAGGAAACCUCUCUUUUCUCAAUUCUAUUGACCUCAGUGGCAACAAUUUCCAGGGAAAUUUGCCCAUGGAAGAAAGAAUGGUGCAUUUUCGCAGACUCAAAUAUAUUAGUCUUGCCUUCAAUAAUUUUGGUGGAGAGGUUCCUUCGUGGUUCGGUUCUCUGCCUAACCUUCGAGUCCUGGAUUUGUCAAAUAACAGCUUCACAGGUGCCAUUCCGAUUUCCCUAUUUAAUGCAUCAAAGUUGGAGUCCAUAAGUAUCAUGUUCAAUCAAUUGCAAGGAAAUGUUCCCCAAGAAAUUGGCAAUCUUGUCAACUUGAAGAUCUUUAGAAUGGCAAAGAACCAGCUUACAGGGUUUAUACCAUUAACCCUUUUCAACAUCUCGUCCCUGCAAAUAGUCAAUUUGACAAAUAACUUGCUAUCUGGCAACCUGCCGGUGAACCUGUGCUCUAAGCUUUCAGGACUUCAAGGCUUUGACAUAUCCUAUAACACAUUAUCAGGCCAAAUUCUGUCGCGGUUCGACAACUGCUCAGAACUUGAGGAACUGUCAUUGAACAACAAUUAUUUAAGCGGAAAACUGCCAAGAGAGAUUGGAAACUUAACCAUGCUAAAGCUUUUGGGUUUGGGUCAGAACAGAUUCACAGGCGGAUUCCCAGCGGAGAUUGGUAAUCUCCAGAAUUUGGAGUCUUUAGCUAUUGAUGGAUGUUCCCUUAACGGUCCAAUACCGAAAGAUAUUGGCAAUCUUCAGAAAUUGAAUAUAUUAAACUUAGCUGCUAGUGGCUUGAGUGGUGAAAUUCCAGUAACCAUGUUCAACAUCUCUGCCCUGAGAUGGAUUUUAUUGACCCUGAACGACCUUUCAGGAAGUCUUCCACCUAGCAUAGGCCGCAUGCUAUCUAAUCUAGAAAGAUUGAAUGUGGCGCAUAAUGAAAUAUCUGGGGUGAUUCCUGAUUCCAUCUCAAAUAUGACUAAGCUAGUUAUUUUGGAGCUCAGCAUGAACCAUUUCACUGGUUCAAUUCCCAGAUCACUUGGCAGUUUGAAUCUCCUUGAAACUCUUAAUGUUGCAAGCAAUUAUUUAACUACCGCAGCUUAUCCCAACGAGUUAAGCAUUAUUUCAUCUUGGACGAAUCUUAAAAGUUUGAAACUUUUGAUAUUGGAUUAUGUUUCCAUUAAAGGUACUAUUCCACGUACCAUAGCCAAUUUUUCCAGUUCUCUUCAAAAAUUCCUUGUUCGUAAUUGUGAAUUAGAAGGCAGCAUUCCACCUGAGAUUGGAAAUUUUAGUAGGAUGAUAAGCCUGGAUCUUAGCAGCAAUUUCUUCAAGGGCCAACUUCCGUUGACAUUCCAAGGGUUACCGAAUCUCCAAGGAUUAGAACUUCAAAAUAAUACGAUUUCAGGGGCCAUCUCACCUAAUUUUUGCAAUCUCAGGAGUUUAACUCUAUCAGACCUGAGUCAAAAUAAAUUCUCAGGUCAACUUCCAGAAUGCUUGGGAAAUAUGUCUUCUCUGGGAAAGCUUAAUCUGUCCUCCAACGGAUUAAAUGCCACCAUACCUGCCAGCCUCUGGAACCUAAAGGAUCUGAUGUCUUUAGAUGUCCACUCAAAUGCUUUUGGUGGUUUCAUACCUCAAGAAAUUGGAAAUUUGUUGGCCACAAAUACACUUGUCAAGGAAUAAGUUUUCAGGAAAUAUUCCGGCAUCGGUUGGAAGUCUUAAGAACUUGAUUAGUUUCACAUUGGCAGACAAUGAACUGCAAGGAUCUAUCCCUGAGGUAGUAGGUAAGAUGGUGAACUUGGAAUCAUUAGAUCUAUCUCAAAACAAUCUCACUGGAGAGAUUCCUACAUCGUUAAUAUCACUUUCACAUUUGAAGUAUUUUAAUGUGUCAUUCAACCACCUGCACGGAAAA